CAGGUUUGACCAAACCCAGUAAAACCAAAUGCCUAAAGCCCUAAACAAUGAACGCCCAUUUCAUCAACAACUAAAGAACCUUUCAAGUUUCAACCGGCGUUUCUAGAGUUAUCAGCGUCGAUUGAUCUCGCGUUCUUGCAAAAGCGUAGCAUCAAAACUUCAAGCUCCCUGCUCAAUUUCUCUCUCCUAGCUUAUUCUGGGUGAAAUAUUACAAAAAAUGUCAGUGACUCUUCACACUAAUCUGGGCGACAUAAAAUGUGAAAUCUUCUGUGAUGAAGUCCCCAAAGCUGCUGAGAACUUUUUGGCUCUAUGCGCUAGUGGAUACUAUGAUGGGACCAUAUUUCACCGAAACAUUAAAGGAUUUAUGAUCCAGGGAGGAGAUCCGACUGGCACAGGCAAAGGUGGUACGAGUAUAUGGGGCAAAAAGUUUAAUGAUGAGAUAAGAGAGUCCCUUAAGCACAAUGCUAGGGGGAUCCUGGCAAUGGCUAAUAGUGGUCCGAAUACCAAUGGAAGCCAAUUCUUUUUGACAUAUGCUAAGCAGCCUCAUUUGAAUGGAUUGUACACUGUGUUUGGCAAGGUGAUCCAUGGUUUUGAGGUCCUUGAUCUUAUGGAGAAGACGAAAACGGGUCCAGGGGAUCGCCCACUUGCUGAAAUUAGGCUCAACCGUGUUACACUACAUGCUAAUCCCCUUGCUGGUUGAAGGCUGAGUAUAUUGCAUUCAGGGGAGUGAUGCGUCUUCCGUAUAAAUGACAAUCAAUUGCUUUUUUCACUUCUGAAGUGCUAAUAUAGUGACUAGUUGAAGCCUUAGAAGGAUGUCAAUUGCUCUCCUGCACCAUGUAUAGCACAGUGCGUAUUGUAAUUUCACUGGCUCAUAGUUUGUGAAAACCAACCGUGUAAACUGUCCCCUUGAUUAGGGCUUUUUGCUGAUUAAUGAUAAUCUAACAUACUGAGAAAUCUUCUCAACUUAUUAAAA